CUGAGUAGAAACGGUAGAUCCAGACAAUUUUUUUCUUUGCAGUCUUUGAAUUUAAUAUUGUUUCAGAAUUGAAUGUUAGACAUGUAAAAAUCUAAAUAUUUAAUGAUGGCUUGGUUUGAUGUAGCAGCAAAGAAAUUGGGCUUUCCUUGCAUUGAACUGUUUGUGAAGGCUGGCAGUGAUGGAGAGAGCAUUGGAAACUGUCCCUUCUCUCAAAGGCUUUUCAUGAUUCUAUGGCUGAAGGGUGUCAUCUUCAAUGUCACAACUGUGGACCUCAAGCGGAAACCAGCAGAUUUGCAGGAUCUCGCUCCAGGUACAAACCCACCAUUCAUGACCUUCAAUGGAGAAGUUCUGGUGGACGUCAACAAGAUUGAAGAGUUCCUUGAGGCGAGACUGGUGCCACCACGAUAUCCAAAGUUGGCAGCAAAGCACCCAGAAUCCAACACAGCAGGAAUAGAUGUAUUUGCCAAAUUUUCUGCCUAUAUCAAGAACCCUUGCAAAGAAACGAAUGAAGGUCUGGAGAAAGCUCUUUUGAAGUCCCUGAAGAGAUUGGAUGAGUAUUUGCAGACGCCGCUGCCAGAGGAAAUAGACGGCAACAGCAAAGACAAUCCUGGUCCAUCUACACGCAGUUUUCUGGAUGGACAGGAUCUCACGCUGGCCGACUGUAACCUGCUUCCCAAACUACACAUCAUGAAGGUUGUUGCCCGGAAAUACAGAGGUUUUGAAAUUCCCACUGAAAUGACUGGAAUAUGGCAAUAUUUGAAUAACACUUACCAGAGAGAAGAAUUUAUGAACACAUGCCCAGCUGACCGCGAGAUCGAGUUUGCUUAUCUGAACGUCGCCAAAAAGAUCAAAUAGAUCCAGACACAGAGACAAGUAGUGGUAGUUUAGUGUGUGUGUGUGUGUGUGUGUGUGUGUGGACUCACUGGUGGAGCUGCACAAAUGUUGUGAUGUACUGAUCAUAAAUCGGUAUAUUGUCUACUGUUUUUCUUUAAUCAAUGGCAGGACCAGGAAAUUGUAUAAGACCAGACACAGUGAAGUUUUCUUUUUUAUGUUACCUCUUGACACCAUAAUAUGUAUCGACACUUUCUUCAUGGAUUAUAAACUAGUUUUGGUAAAUUAACAUUCAUGUAAUAAACAUAAUGUUCAUAAUGGCCUUGACCAUUCUUCAAGAGUUUAUCUUACAAGAGUUUAUCUUAUAAUAAUGAUAAAAAAAAAAUUAAUCUAUAGAUGCUUAUUUCUGAUCAAUGUUUCAUUCAACUUUUUGAUUUUGCAUGUUUAUUCUCUUUUCAGACAUUUUAAUUCAGAUUUUUUCUGGUCAAGCUAGUUGAUCUACACAUACAUUUUCUAUUUAAAAAAAGGGUUUAUUUUACAAGGCCACUUAUAUGCUUAAUGAAACUCUCCUUUAAUACUGUUUUAUAUCAAUACGAGAAGCUAUUUUCACAGUUUGAAAUAUUUUUUAAAACUGAUUACAUUUUUUAUUUAGCUGUUUUAACAUUUAAAACGUAGCACAUUCGAUUUUCUUAUAUAUCUAUGCACGAAAACAUGCUUUUUGUACAACUAUGUAACCAUGCAUGGAUGCCUUAUGAAACUCUGAUGAGCAGACCUUAAUUAAAC